GAGCCCAACUUGAGAGAGGAGGGUUUGAUUGCUUUGGGAGUAUGCAGAGUGCCAUGUUCCUGGCUCUCCAGCACAACUGCAGCCCAAUGGAGAAAAACGCCAGCCUCUGCCAGAGCACAGAGGAGAAGAAGGGGAAGAUGAAGAAAACACUCAUAAAAGAUUGGAAAGCAAGAUUGAGUUAUUUCCUGCAGAACUCUUCCAGUUCUACCAAUGCGAAGGCUAACAAGAAAGGACAACAAAAAGCAUGUUUUAGACCUUCUCCAGAAGAAGCCCAGUUGUGGUCGGAAGCAUUUGACGAACUUCUAGCUAGCAAGUAUGGUCUGGCAGCUUUCAGGGCAUUCCUGAAAUCUGAGUUUUGUGAAGAGAACAUUGACUUCUGGCUGGCUUGUGAGGAUUUCAAGAAAAUUAAGUCACCACAGAAACUUAACGCCAAGGCUAAGAAGAUUUAUAGUGACUUUAUUGAAAAGGAAGCUCCCAAAGAGAUCAACAUAGACUUCCAAACCAAGAACACUAUUGCCCAAAACCUUAAUGAGGCUACCCACACUUGCUUCAGUGCAGCCCAGAAAAGGGUUUACAACUUAAUGGAGAAUAACUCAUACCCACGUUUCCUGGAGUCUGAAUUCUAUCAAGAACUGUGUAAAAAGUCAUCUAUCAGCAGGGAGCCACAGGGGACAUGAAUUCCCAAGUGCAACAGCAAAGAGAAACCAAAGAAGAACCAUUUUGUUCAUGAAAAAGGAAGAAGAUGUGUCUCUGGAGGCUUGGUGGACUUGAUGAACUGAAUGUACAGGAGACUCGCCCAAAUGUAAUCUUUUUUCCAGUUGGAUGGGCAUAUUGGCACUGGCAGCUUUCAACUUCUGUAGUAAGCUGCAGUAUUAAAAUCUUAAGAGGAAGAACCAAGCGAAACUGCUGGCCAGUUGUGAGAAGUUCAUUUUCCAUACCGAGAACUAUGCAUAGGGAAGGAGUGUCUUAUGCAGUACUAAACUGUUGGAGGGUCAUCCAACUCCCAUUCAUCAACCUGGAUGUGCUGACUCUCAGAGCAAGCAAGAUCAGAUCUAAUCCCCAUCUGCAAAAAGUAAACAAGAUUUGGGGUGGCUGUGCUCAGACUGACAUCUUCUUGAAAAAUGCUCUAAAUAAUUGGCUGCUGCUAUGUUUUUCCUUAACAACGGGCAGCAUGUAAUAUCUGCUCUCUAGGACUUUCUUACGCAGGUCCUGUUCUCUGCAGAUCAUGCAAUUGUGCUCAGAUGUUGUAGACUUCCUUGUGUGACUCAGACAAAUUCCAAUGUCACUAUAAAACUUGAUGCAGAUAUAAACAGGAUUCACUCAGAAAACAGCAUGCUGACCAUCUAAUUAACUGGGAUCAAAUUUUAUCUGUGUUGAGAGCAGCUUGGAGCAGAAUGGGGUUGAAACUUCAAAUGACAAUUGUGUAUUGUGUGUAUGUAUGUAGACUCUGGUUGUGUUGUACACCUACCAAUGCUGAAUGUGCUGACUUUUAAAGAAACUUCAGUGAAGUUGUGUUUUUUGGAGAGAUGUUUUAAUAAAUUAUUUUUAUUUUAGUAGAA